AUGACAGCCCUUCUAGAAACACAGAUUGAUGGCCUAAAGUUGCUUGCUCGCGGCAAAGUCCGCGAUAUCUACGAAGUCGACGACAAAUCAUUGCUGUUUGUUGCCACAGACCGGUUAUCUGCCUUUGAUGUUAUCAUGAAAAAUGGCAUUCCAGGAAAGGGCAAGAUCUUGACUCAAAUGAGCGCAUUCUGGUUUGACUACUUGAAGGAUGUCGCUCCAAACCACGUUAUAACCUGGCAUGUCGAUGAGAUGCCAGAGUCUGUACGCAAAUACAAGGACCAGCUAGAAGGCCGCUCCAUGCUCGUCAAGAAACUCAAGAUUUUGCCUGUAGAGGCUAUUGUUCGUGGUUAUAUCGCUGGUUCCGGUUGGAUUGAAUACCAAAAGAAGGGAACUGUCUGUGACAUCCCAUUGCCUGCUGGAAUGAAGGAAUGUGACAUCAUGCCUACUCCUCUAUUCACUCCUAGUACAAAGGCUGAGCUUGGAGACCAUGAUGAAAACAUACAUCCUGACAAGCUUAAUGAUAUCAUUGGUGCCGACUAUGCCAAGAAGGUCGCCACUCUAGCUGUUGCUAUAUACUCAAAGGCUCGUGACUAUGCCAAAACCAAGGGCAUCAUUCUCGCUGAUACCAAGUUCGAAUUUGGUCUGGAUGAAAGCGGUACUGUUGUAUUGGCUGAUGAGGUAUUGACUCCAGAUUCAUCAAGGUAUUGGCCAGCAGACCAAUAUGAACCUGGCAAGUCUCAACCAAGCUUUGACAAGCAAUUCGUCCGUGACUACCUAAACUCGAUCAACUUUGACAAAUCAAAGGGAAUUGAAUUGCCUGACUCUGUGGUUCAAGGAACUCUGGUCAAGUAUUUGGAAGCCUACACUAUCUUGACUGAUGGUAAAGAAGCCGUAUUGUAA